UGAAAUGGUGACUGAUGUGCAGCUGGCCAUCUUUGCCAACAUGCUGGGGGUCUCUCUGUUCCUGCUGGUGGUCCUCUAUCAUUAUGUGGCCGUGAACAACCCCAAGAGACCGGAGUGAGGCUGAGAGAGGAGCAGGAUGACGAGGACCAGGAACCGGACGCCCGAGCAGCUUGUACAUCUGCAUUUUGUAUAAAAAAUGAUGUCAAUAAAUGUUCAAAGU